AUGCCUGAGUUGUGGGGAUGUCUCACUUGCCAAGAGGUACUCAAGGCCAUUCCCUCUGGAACACUGUCACCGAAAUUGAGGAAGUGGGCCAAUCUCAGUCCUGCAAUUCUUCAGCUUCCUGAUGACAUCAAGGAUCGCAUUUCUCAGGCAGCAGCUUCCAAAGACAAUGCUGUGUUGAAGUGUAAACAGCAAGCCAACACUGAGCAACAGGUGCAGUUGAGAGCAAAGUGUCCAAAACAGGAGGAACCCUGUGUGCCAAAGCCAAGCAUCAUCAAACACAAUGAUGUCAAUAGUGUUGACAUGCACCUUUAUAUGCAAUUGCCAUCUGUGCAAGAGAUGCAGAGUUGCAUUGCAGCUUUCCUUGAUGCCACAGGCAAUGAGGCUCUCUGA